UGGAAAUGUAAACAAACAUUGCACAAUAUCCUAUCAAGUCAAUAAAUUAUUGAGUUUCUUUUAGUAUUAAUCUUAUACCCUUCUGCCAACAGAAAACAUUUCAAAAUCGGAUUUUAGAUCGUACGCAUUAAAACUACAAAAUGCCUUCAAAAUUUGAAACAAAAAGAAGACUACAAAAAGUUAAUGAUGAAAUCGAGCUUUUGUUGAGGUAUUUGAUGCAAAUUCCACCUGGAAAAUUUAUAGAUAAAAAUGUUAUUAAAGAAAUAGCAACAAAUAUUAAUACAGACAAUACUGAAUCAAAUAUACAGGAGAGUGAAUAUGGAUUGGAGUUUUUAAACGAACUUCUCAAACUGUUCAAGCUUGAAAGAAGAAGAAGAUAUUUAAAUAAAACAUUUGAGAUUAACAAAUUAAAAGGCAUGCAUCAAAACAAAAAAAGGAAACUUGAGACGGAGGCGGAAGAAGCUCUUCAAACUGAAAUAAAAAAUCCAUACAACUUGAGAAGUACCCCACCACAAAGUCUCCAGUAAAAAGGAAAUGCUGUGUGUUUUGUUGUACAAAUAUACUAAUAAAACAAUACAUUAAAAUAAUGUUUUUCAAUUUUAAUAAAACACUUUGAUUUAACAAAUGCUAGAAUUCUGCCAAAGUUUUGCCAAAGGUUUUGUCAAAGUAAAAGCAAAUGACAGUUUGCUGCCUUCGUGGCAGAAAAAUGGCAGGCUUUUGAUUGGUUGAAUUUGUGGUUUCCCACAUAACCAUUUUCAGAAAAUACAACGUAAAUUCCAAUUGAAAUAGGGUUCGCUUCAUAACAUUUUCAGAAAAUAUGUCAGCUAUUUAUAACCAGGUUUUCUGAAAAUAUGAGAAAACGAAAGUAAAGUUAAAACCUGUGGAUUUUAAAUUGACAGGCAUUGACCAGUUCUGACCAAGGGUCAAAAGGUCAAAUGAGGUCAAAACGCUCGCUCCAUCAUGUUUCUAACUACUAGCCUUGCAUGUUCUCCGUAGGAAUACAUC